GCCAAUCUUCACUCAAUACAAAAUUUUUAAUUUCAAAAUGUCAAAACAAGAAAAAGAUAGCGAUGGUUUUCAAAUAGUUUCUUCAAAACGUUCAGCUAAGAAUAAACAAACCAAAGUUCCGUACAAAGCUUCGCAUUUUAUAAAAGAAGAAAACGAAAUUAACGUUGAAAAAUCUUAUCAAAGAGUUUUAUCCGCUGUUAAAGAUUUGGAAGGAUCGCAAUUUUACAACGACGUUUUAAAAGCAGUGAGUACAUUUUUAAACGAAAGAAAUAUAUCUGAAAUAGUUUGUUUCGGUCUAGGGCAUGUGGGAGAAUGCAAUAUUUCUCGAUAUCAACUCGCAUUUUUGUUAUGUUUAAAAGAUUCUUUUAAACCCCUUAAAGUGUUAGUUCACGAUCCUAUAUUUUAUAUUGGUGAAUGUGAAUUACUCAAACGUUUAGGACUGAUAGUUAUUGAGGAAAAUAAUGAAGGAAGUUAUGUAAUAUCUAACACAAAUAUCACUGUAGUAUACCUGCCACAUUGUCCUAAACAGUUAACCAACAACUUUCUUUGGAGUAACUGGGAUAUUCGUUUAGAAAAUUGCAUUCUCCUUUGCAAUAGUUUUACUUCUUUAUUAGAAAAUCAUCCAAGUAGAAUGUUAUCAGAAAUGGUACCUUACAUUUACAAAUUAUCAAAAUAUCUUGAUGAAGUUAUUUUAGACAAUAGUUUUCAGUACAAAGAUAUAUUUAAUGAUACUUCAAUCCAUUACAUUAAGAAGGGAGAAUUGUCUAAAGUUGAUAGUAAUUUUUGGAACAAACCGGAAAAACCUAAAUAUGAUGAUAUGGAAGAAUUUAUAACAACAGAGAUGAUUGAAAAAUUGAACAUUUGA